CAUGGUUGUUGAUGCCUUGGCGGAAGUGGCGCGGUGGUACCGCAAGGAGCAGCAGUCCGUUGCUCCAGCCAGCAUUGACGAGGCUAAUGCUACUUCUUCAACUCUUCCAUGCUGCCCUUCGACGUCAAUUAACCGCAUGCUCUCGACACCACCUGUUCGUGCGUUCCUUGAACACAAAGUGGAGUCCGUGAGGCAGGCGCUGCAACGAGAUCACAACAACCACAUCCUCCAUGCGAGCUUGGCCCUCUUUCUGGAGCUUUUGAAUGGCACGGACCCUCGUGUUCUCCAUCACAUGGCUGAAGCGAUCGCAUUGGCGCCGUCCAAAGGUGCUUACAAAGCCCAUCGCACGCGCAUCCAGUUCAAUUCGACUGCCGCGCAGAAACGAGCGUUUCUCGCGUCAAGUGUUGCCGCUACUUCAACAGAGCCAUGGAGUCGAACUAUGUUGCCAGUGCCUGUGGAAUACCCCUCCAGUCUCUCCGUGGACACAUUCAUGACGAAGUACGCAGGUGCGGGCCAACCAGUGCUCAUUAAAGGCGGCGCAUCCCUAGUGAUGAACGCAAGUUGGUCGCUCGAGUCGUUGGUAGCAAACCCCGUUGUCGCCAACACCAUGGUGGACACAAAGCGGAAAGUGGCGGAUUCCGUGCGCUGGGCGCGCCUCGAAGAUGGCCCGCGGCAGUCGGUCGGCAGCUUUAUCCAGGCCAUGCAGCGGGAUGACUGGUCCGCCGAGCCUCCGCUGUACAUCCAUGACGUGUCCAUUCCGCUGCAUUUUCCAGGCACAUGGCCUCAUCAUGCGCCUCUACUAACGUGUCUGCUCGUAGAGUUAACGCCCCAAGUGACCAUUCCAGCCUACUUUGCACGGGAUUAUCUGCAGCAAACCCCCGAGGGCACCAUGUACAGAGAGACGUGGCCGAGUCUGUUUGUCGGCCCACGAGGGUCGGAAAGCGCCACCCAUGUGGACUCGUUCGGGUCCAACUUUUGGAUGGCCCUCGUGCAAGGCCGCAAGCGAUGGCGGCUCGUCCACCCUAACGACAUGCAUCUGCUGUACCCGACUUGGCAUGCUGGGUCGGCUGACGUGGUGUAUGGCGUCGACUUGGCGUCGACAGACGAGUCCAAAGGCGACUCACUAUACCCACUGUUCCGUCAUGCUAGGGUAUGGGAGUGUGUGCUGGAAGCAGGCGACAUCCUGUUCGUCCCGGCGGGCACCCCCCAUUUCGUUCAAAACCUAGAGCACACUGUGGCCGUGUCGAGCAAUUACAUCGACGCUACCAACUGGACCCAAGCGUCAUCGGCGCUCAAACACCAAGCGUACUCAGACCCUCGAGCUGCUGAACUGUUAUUGCACUUGCAACAUGUGGAGGCCCAUCGGUUGCCGUCUGAUGAGUCAUCGGCACAAGUCCUGCCGCCACCAUCCAUUUCAUUUCAAGAGUUCAAACACCCCCAAAUCCAUGUGCGUUCCGUCCGCGUGGCAUCCCCACCAGCGUCCCCCGCCCACGACCACCACACUAGUAAACGACUUCGAAGUGCCUAUGCCGACUUGGUCGCAGAUUUGGCAUCGCCUUCUUCGAGCGAAGGCGACGACGCUGUGCCAGGCUAAAUAUUACAAGUAUUUCAAUCGGCAUAGCGCUCA